AGUGAGAUGUAGAGGUCCUAGAAUCUUGGUCUGGUGAGUGGAGGGAAGGAAAGCCACAUUGCAGCACAAUUGUUUUGAGUUUGUAACCUUCAACUUUUCUCUCAACACCUCCCAUUCGUUGUCUCUCAAAAACUUCAGGAUCACCACAUGACCGUUUCCUCUCAAUUCUCUCCCUAUCAAAUCUAUCUCCGUCUUGUCUCCACCCAUUAACAUUUACACAAAACUUCAAAAUUGUGUUAAGAAAACCAGUUUCUCUUUUCUUUUUCUUUCUUUUGAGUUUUCAAUUCAUUUUGAAGGUUGUGUUUUGUCUUGUUAGUUGGUUUCUUGAUUAUUUCUUUUGUUUCCUUGGGUAGAGAGGUUUGUGCUACUUUUGUGGGAUUCUUUGAUAAAAUUGUCUCUUUAACUUUUUUCUAGACAUUGUUUUAUUAUUUAUUUGGUGAUUAUUUUUCGUUUUUCCUUUCUAGGAUUCUGUUAUUAUGUUAAUUUGCUGAAGGUUGUUGCCUUUAGGUUUGGCUAUUAGUUGUUGAUGUCUUUGUGAGUUUGAGUUCUUCUUUGUGAGUUUGAGUUCUUUGAAGGCAAAGUUAAGAGAUGGGAUUGGAUAAAGAUAAAGAUGGUGAAGAGGAAGUUCAUAAAACAGAAGAAGAAGAAGAACUUAAUAGACAAAUGAGUCAGGCUUCAUUGGAUGUAACAACAGAUCAAGAGGAUGAUGAAGAAGAUGACGAAGAGGGGACUAUCGAGUUGGGUCCUCAGCGCACCCUCAAAGAACAACUUGAAAAAGAUAAGGAAGAUGAGAGUCUAAGGAGGUGGAAAGAACAGCUUCUUGGGAGUGUGGACUUGAAUUCUGUUGGAGAAACGUUGGACCCAGAUGUGAAGAUUUUGAGUCUUUCAAUCAAUUCCCCUGGUAGAGAUGCGAUUGUUCUUCCAAUUCCUGAGGAAGGAAAUCCUAAGGGAUUAUGGUUUACUUUGAAAGAAAAUAGCCGUUACAGCCUUGAGUUCUCUUUUAAAGUCAGCAACAACAUUGUGUCUGGACUGAAAUAUACCAACACAGUUUGGAAAACUGCUGUCAAGGUGGACAGCACAAAAGAGAUGCUUGGGACUUUCAGUCCACAGGAAGAGCCUUAUAAACAUGAAAUGCCUGAAGAAACCACACCUUCGGGUAUAUUUGCUAGGGGACAAUAUUCAGCAAAAACAAAGUUUUUGGAUGACGAUAACAAGUGUUACUUAGAGAUCGACUACACUUUUGAUAUUCGUAAAGACUGGGCAUCUAGAUGAAACAAGAACCACAAGAAUUGUUUGUCCUUGCCAGUAUCUCAAGGUUAAUUAUCAUCUCUCGUUCAAUACGUCAACGUCAAAUAUUUCUUCUGUAUUACAAACCUGCUUGCACUCUCAUAUGUAGUAAAAUAGAUGCAUACACAUCUUUCUAAUAAGAACAAGCUUAGCUUGUCUAGGUAAUUCAUGUGCUUCUUGUCUACCCUGCAAUGCCUUCAUAUUCAAUCAAUUCCGUUUUCGUCGAAGUCUAAAUCUUUUCUUUUCUGUGAAGCUUUAUAUUGAUAUAUGUAUGAAUGAGACCCAUAUUAUGUGUAGCAGACUUGUAAAACUUGAAAGCAGAAGAAGUGCAAUGGGAAAUGAAUGUCUUUCUGUUA